AUGGAUACCUCCAUUGCCUCGUCUCCCCAAACUCCAAAAACAGAUCCGUUCACAAUCGCAGCUCCUGCUUCAGAGGUGAGUCUAGCGACAAGAGUCCGUGUUGUUUGCCGCGUGAGACCACUCACAGAAACUGAAGCGCUAAGAGAAACUCGACUCAUAGAAGCUGUGGAUGAUAAGACAGUAUGUCUACAAGAGAAAGAGACGCCCAAUGUUUUUACUUAUGACUCGGUAUUCGAUGAACAUGCAACACAGGAAGAUAUUUAUGCGUCGGUGGGACAAAAGACCUUGGCCGAUUUGUUCAAGGGGUUCAAUGGAACCAUUCUAGCGUAUGGCCAAACCGGAGCUGGCAAAUCACAUACAAUGAUGGGGCCAGGUGAUGGCAAUGAUCUCGAUAGGGGUAUUAUACCUCGAGUAGCCGAAAACAUAUUCACGCACAUUCUUCAAAGCUCCGAUGAAGUGGAGUAUACCGUAGGACUCUCUAUGAUGGAAGUGUAUAAGGAACACAUUUUCGAUUUGCUCGACCCCCAACCAAAAGAUUUCUUAAUUCACGAGGACAAAUUGAACGGUAUCCAUGUACGUGGUCUAUCACAAGCUUUUGUGUCGUCCUCGUCUGAAAUGGCCUCUGUUCUCAAACAAGGUUGCAAGAAUAGAAGAACGGCCUCUACCAAUAUGAACACAGACUCUUCCCGCUCGCAUGCUAUUCUGCAGAUUAUCCUUACACAAAAAGAUGUCACGAGCGGUGAAAUUCGUCGUAGCAGCUUGUUUUUGGUUGACUUGGCUGGCUCCGAAAAGGUCGAUCGCUCAGGUGCCACUGGCAUCACGCUAGAGGAGACAAAGAAAAUUAACUUGUCACUUUCCGUCCUCGGGCUUGUGAUCAACUCUUUAACGGACCCUAAGGUCAAUCACGUUCCAUACCGCGACUCCAAGCUCACCAGAAUCCUUCAAGAGUCACUUGGAGGAAACUCACGAACAACUUUAAUCAUAAACAUAUCGCCGGCUUCCGGCUCUUAUUAUGAAACGCUUUCCACUCUUCGUUUUGGAAGUCGCGCGAAGAAAAUCAGGAAUUCUGUCCACAUAAAUACUGAGCUCAGCGUUGAUCAGCUAAAAGGUCGCAUUUCUUUACUCGAAAAAAGAAACAAAUACCUCGAAGAACAACUUGAACAAUAUCAGUCAAAAGGCAAACUCACAGUCGAAGAUGCCAAUAGCUUACAAAGUACUGGCGCGGUAACUCCUCUGCACGUUAGACACAAAUCAUCCAACUCAAGCUUCAAUGGCCUGCGAUACUCGAUGCUGCCGAUGCGCAGUAAUGAAAACAUGGUGUCUUUUCAAGAUGAAUUAAAGCGAAAGGACGAAAAGAUAUCUCUGCUCGAACAAGAGCUUCUCCAACUCAAAAUGGCUAGCCUCACUUCCCAGCACAAUGAAGAUCUGAAACUCUUCAAGCUAGAAUGUGCGCUCUACAAACUCAAUGACAAACUCAGUGAUGUUGAGCUCAUCAAUACUAAUCUUCGAAAGCAUUUGCAGAUCAGUGAAAAAAUAAUAAAAACUCGUGGAGUAAAGAUCGAUAAGCUUCGUGAGUUGGUAUCAGAGCAGCAAGAGCAGGUCAAUCGAGAAAGUUAUCAUUUUGAGAAUAAACUUAAAAUUCUCAAGGAUAAGUUUGAUGCUCAGAAGUUCCAUGAGACUUCGAAGGGUUUUGCGGAAGAUUCUUUUGAUAUGGAUCUGACGCAGGAUUCGAUUGAACACGACGACAUUUUCCAUAGAACUCCAGAGAAAAAUACUGGCCAUCGGGCAAAUUUUGUUCAGGGAUCACCCGGGUCACCAAAGAUGGGACUUAAUUUACGGAUUGUGAAGCCAUUGCGAGGAGGCGUCAAAUUAAAUGAUGCAUAA